GCGGCCAGUGGGGUUCUACUGUCGUCCACGGGAUGACGAUCAACUCGUUGAAUGGCAACAAUAUCGAGUAAGGAACCUAGGGACGAGGAUACGCUACCAUCGCGGCAGGAGUAUCUGAAGCCGUACGAUAUCAUCCCUCACACCUUCUAUCCGAGGGCAGAGGACGUGGUGAUCGACGACGACGACGAAGAGGACGAAGACGAGGAAACAUCGGAGGAGGGAAGCUAUAGUGAACAUAGCGAGGGCGAGCUGAGCGAAGGGGAAGAGAAGGAAGAAACCGGAUCCAAGUGGGAAGCCUUGCCGGAGGAAGCGACGCGUACGGGAACGGAGGCAGAAGAUCCGGAAGCGGCGCGAAAGCGCGAAGAAAUUGCCACCGGGAAGUGCCAGCUGGAAUUCGCUAGCGAAGCUAGCCUGCGCAUCGGUAACGAUCCGACCAGGGAUCCAGAGCCGCCGAAGCCCGAAGAUGGCCACCCUGCAGCCGCCACCUCAAGUACCGCGCGACGGAGACGGAGCCGAUCCCCCUCCUCCUCCAGCCCCACCCGUCCCCCAUGGAUUCGAUGUCCGAUGGGUAUCUGCAACGCCCCCGUGACCUUUCAGCGAGCCAUGAACAUGGCUUUUUAUAAUUUCGUGAGAAAGACUCGUUUGGCACAGAGCAUCGUCAACUACUGCGUGAUUGUGUACAUGGAUGAUAUCUUGGUGUAUUCGAGUUCCUACGAGGGACACGUGCAGCACAUCGAAUGGGCACUGCACGCGUUACGGGAUGCGGGCUUCAAGGUGGCGCUUGAGAAGUGUAAGUUUUUUCUUACCACCAUUUCCUCCCUAGGGCACGUGGUGACAGACAAGGGACUCCAGCCGGAGCCACAGAAGGCGACAACUAUUAGGACUGCACCGGUGCCUACAACAAUCACGCAAGUUCGCGCCUUUCUGGGCCURGCCUCGUACUACCGAAGAUUUAUCAAGGGCUUCGCGGCGAUUGCGGGACCCCUCAUGAAUCUGCUGCGCAAAUAUUUAUCGUUGAUCUGGACGCCGGAGUGCGAUCAAGCGUUUUCCAAACUCAAGGCUGCUCUCAUUUCGACUCCAUUCCUUAUAAGACCGGAUCCCGAAAAGCCUUUUGUUCUCAUCACUGACUGGCAGCCAGAGGCAAUUUCGGCGAUCCUUGCCCCGGUGGGACCGAGCGGACUCGAGAGUGUGGUGGAGUAUGCCUCCAAAUCGGUGCCAGCUUGCAAGCGCAACUACGCUGCUCCAAUGGGGGAAUGGUACGCGGCUCUUUGGGGAAUCAGCCACUUUCGCGCUUACCUGUACGGGCAAAAGUUCACCUUGAUAACUGAUCAUGAGCCCCUGUUGGCUUUGAAGAAAUCGAAGGAUUACUCUGGCAUGAUCGGGCGAUGGGCAACAGUGCUGCAGAGCAUGGACUUUGACAUUCGUCAUUGGAAGCACGAGAGACACGGGAAUGCGGACGAACUGACACGACUGCACCGGCCUGAGAAGGUUCCGAAGAGUGAGGAGGAACCUAGGGACGAGGAUACGCUACCAUCGCGGCAGGAGUAUCUGAAGCCGUACGAUAUCAUCCCUCACGCCUUCUAUUCGAGGGCAGAGGACGUGGUGAUCGACGACGACGACGAAGAGGACGAAGACGAGGAAACAUCGGAGGAGGGAAGCUAUAGUGAACAUAGCGAGGGCGAGCUGAGCGAAGGAGAAGAGGAAGAAGAAACCGGAUCCGAGUGGGAAGCCUUGCCGGAGGAAGCAACGCGUACGGGAACGGAGGCGGAAGAUCCGGAAGCGGCGCGAAAGCGCGAAGAAAUUGCCACCGGGAAGCGCCAGCUAGAGUUCGCCAGCAAAGCUAGCCUGCGCAUCGGUAACGAUCCAACCAGGGAUCCAGAGCCGCCGAAGCCCGAAGAUUGCGACCCUGCAGCCGCCACCUCAAGUACCGCGCGAGGGAGACGGAGCCGAUCCCCCUCCUCCUCGAGCCCCACCCGUCCCCCAGUUCGCCCACGUACCGAUGCGGCCGAUAGGCCUUCGUCCUCGGACGCUGUCCCGCUGGCCCCUUGAUUUCCUCACCCUCGAGCAGAUCCGUACCCCCAUCACCUUCCCUUCCCAUCCCUUCCUUCCCCAUCUCUUCCGCGA